AUGACAGUCCAAGACUCGAUUGACCUCACACAUGUCGCACCCACUGGCUCAAACCAUGGAUCGUUGCUGGUCUUCAUGAUUACUGGAAACCCUGGCCUUAUUGAAUACUACCGCACGUUCAUGACCUUGUGCUUCGACAGCCUUCGUACCAACUACUCGAAUCAUCACAUCAAAGUCACAGGAACAAGCCUUCGUGGUUUUGGAGUUCAAGACGACAGACAUCAGCAUGCUGCCAACGACAAUGCUCAAGGACCAUAUGAUUUGGAGCAGCAGAUAGAACACAUAGGCCAGACGCUCGAAAGAGCGAUUGAGGGUUGUGUAGGACAAGGCCGUCCUACAAAGGUAGUAUUGAUGGGCCAUUCAGUGGGCUCGUACAUCUUGCUCGAGGUUUUGAGAAGACGAAAGCAAAGUCCAACGACUCAGCAACUGAGCAACGAUGCCAGAGUUAUUGGCGGAAUUUGUCUGUUUCCUACCGUCACUCACAUCGCGAAGAGCCCAAGCGGCAAGAAGUUCAGUGCUUGGUCGUCCGACUACUAUUUUCCUGGGUUCCUUUCACUGCGCUGCAAACUCUUGUCGGCUUCAUUACUGGAUUCCCUGCCCCUGCCGCAGAACCCACAACCGCAUUCAUCCAGAGUAGAGGUGGCGUCAGGCAAGCAUUACCAGANNUACCUCGCUGGUCACGAGAUGAAGACUAUCACGACCGAUGCUUGGGACGAUGAGCUCUGGGGCAUCUCGAAGGCACAGGGUUCAAACAGCAACAAAACGAAACUGUACUUUUACUUUGGCACCGAUGAUCAUUGGGUUGCCGAUGAAACUCGAGAUGAGCUCAUUGCUGCCAGAGCCGCGACAGGGAAAACAGGCGAUGAGGACAAACCUACUAUGGAAAUUGAUACACAUGGCACUCCUCAUGGGUUCUGUAUCAGUAAGUCAUUUUCUCAUGUGCAGUUGGAGAACUUUCUGACGGAUGACAGAANNCACAACGACCUGGUUGCGAGAAAAGUUGAACAGUAUCUCCAAGAACUGAUGCAGAAUGCUGCAUAA